AUGGAACGAUCCGGCAGACUCUUUUCUGAAUGUGCAUCUGAAAUAUGGACCACCGACGAACUGAGUACCUCAACGGUAUCGCCCAAUGUAGUAUUGCAGUCGACCGCAACAUCAGAGUUCGAACACAACCAUUAUGACGCCCUUGAUGUGGUCGAGGCCUCGGAAGCGUACCAGGUUCCUUCUGUCACGAUCACGCAUAUUGGAGUCCCGGACGAGAGUAUGGGGACGAUGCAAUUUGCCCUCGGCAACGGCCUCAGUUCGCAGGUUGUGCAGCACGUCACGAGCGAGGAGACAGCGCGGAUACUACCAGCAAAUACGGUCCUUGCGGUCAAGAUAUUCAUCGCCCGCCCGGUUUUCGGAUCGUCAUCGGCCGCCAGGGAAUCUCGGAGCGACGUCUACGCCACCAUCGUGAGAGAGAUCAAAGUCAUCGGGCACCCACUGCUCCGCGGCCACGAGAACAUUGCCCAGCUUCGGUUCAUUGCCUGGAGCGAGAAACAGCCGUUUCCUAUGCUGGCGAUGGAGCUGGGAAACUAUGGGACCCUGGACCACAUCAUAUGUAGCCGUGGCAGCGACUCGUCACUUUCCUCUCGUCAGAAGCAGCACAUCACUUUGAACAUUGCAGUGGGGUUGCGUGCAAUUCACCAAGUGGGCUUCAUACACGGUGAUCUCAAACCAGAGAAUAUCAUCGUUAUGAACCACGCGAAUCCCAAACGUGGAGUUAUUGCCAAGCUGCUUGAUUUUGGCGGGAGCUCAGAUGACACCCAGAGCGGACCAGCGCACGUCACCCCCUUAUGGUGCGCGCCUGAGGUCGAAAGCGGACGAAAGGAUGUUGAUUGGGCAAAGUGCGACAUCUACUCCUAUGGUCUCGUCGUAGCCAGCCUUUGGGGGCGUGAUGCUUCAGACCAGCUGUACAGUGUCGAGGGGUUGAACAAUCAGCUACAAGCCAGUGUCUUGUCCAGAUUCACUGGCAACACGCCAACAACCAGCGAAACAGACUUGAUGACGCGAGUCAGGAGAAUGCAGUCGUCGGAUUGGAGAGACACCAACAGCCUCGUAUCAGUUCUCAGGAACCAACUGGUGACCAAGCUCCCAUCAAACGACUUGGAUGUCCCCCACUUGGUCGGCAUUAUUCUGUCUACGUUGCAUGCGAACAGCAAUAUGCGACCUACUGCCCCAGAGCUGGUCGACAUGUUCCAGCCAUCAUUUAACCGCCUUCGCCGUAACAUCCCACGCGAUAAAUUGGUAGAAGACGAAGAGUAUGAAGAGGAAGUGGAGGAAGAAGAGGAUGAGGAGGGAAAAAAGGAAGAGAAAGAGGAUGAAGUACGCUCCGGAUUUAAAAAGAAAGCAAACCAGGUCCGCGGUUUGAGGUCAAAGUACUCUGUAUUCGCAGACUCUGAACAGAUCGAUUCCAUUUCAGAGGAAGAUCACGAAGAGAAAGACUCCAGAAUCGACAUCGGCAACAGAACCAGUGGCGAUCAUAUCAUCCAAGGUUCAUCUCUUCUUACCCAUACCCUUCCUCGAGUUUUAGCAUGGCUUUACUCGGGUGCGGCACGUAAGAAGAAGCGCCGAAGGCACACCUAUCGACUACAGCGUCCUAAGAAUCCCGAUGGUUCACGCUCCCGGGCCGAGAACGGGCUGGCUGUGAAGCACAUGCAGCCAACUGGUGAGGAAGUUGGAAAGAAAGAAGAGCCCAUAAAGGGGGUAACUGGUGCGGAAGAACCAGAAGUUGACCGGGCUUCCGACGGGAACCUCGACAAGAGUGUGGUCAAGGAGACAGCCCAUGAAAAGGUUGCGGCGUUCGAUAAGGUGGAUAUUUGGGAUAUCGGAGUUCAUGUGUCGUCAUGGUGGACCAACAAGUCUCGGUACUACCUGUCUUUCAUUUACCGGCAACAUGUCGCUGCUCUCGAUGAUAUCCCAGAUCCCGUGGAGUAUGUUCGUGCCCUCAAUAUUGAGGAUGUUACUAUCUCGAUCCCCAAAGACCAGUCAUCGAUGGACUUUCUCUGCGAGCUACGUCGGAAAACCACGCGGUGGAUGUCAAAGGUCUUUCCCGAAGUUACGAGCGGCUCUAUUCCGAUCCGAUAUCAGCGAAGGGGCGUACACGCGUUCUAUCUUGCCAUGUCCAACAUAAUAGGUCUGGCAGCACCGCGAAAUCAAACCCUUGGAGCGGCAUGGAUGGCUGUUGCAGCCAUACAAGGACACGACAAGGCCAUGUCCUUGUGCCCUCAUAUGAUUCCCGGGAACAAACUCGAGCCAUGGGCUCCCUCGAGACUCUUCUUGUGCCUCGAUGCACUUGGGGGGCUAAGAGGCGCCGUUGAUCGCCUUGCGCGGCGCUGGCCAGAUCAUUGGGCAAUGAUUCAACAACUUCGUCGUCAGCGAUCUCAUCUGUGUCAACAAGAUGGAUUUUACUUCAAAUCGGACUGCAGAAGAGCUGUGCUGCAGCGUUAUGAGGAUGCUGCCACCGUUGAAGAGUUGGAGGAAGGUCAGUUCACGACUUUCACAGGCGCAUUGAUGGCUGGGACCGUUUCCGAUGUGAGGAGCCUGCUAGAAGGGGUGAUACAGAAUACCUCUCACCCUCAAGACGCCUCCGAUAUGGUGCCGAUUCUGUUAAACUGGUUGCCGUUCUCCGGAUUGCCAGAUCACGAGGCUAGCGAGCUUGUACCUCUGGCAUAUGAAGCCGGAGCCCAGCUUGACAUCCGCGGCGAAAUUCAAACCACCCAUCUCGGCAUUAAGCACGCAAAUAUGUCACCAAUCUCCGGCUCCAUCCUGAAAGGCCGGCCUCUCGUUGCCCUUGCGAUCAUCGCCUUGCACGAGAAACUCGACGAGCCUAUCGAAGAUUUCCAGGCAUCUCUAUACUUCGCAUCGUCUUUCCUCUUCCACGAGAUCGUGAGAAGGAUGCUACAGCUUCACAGGGAGAAGCCGUGGCUUUGCUUCGAGGGGUCCCGGCGAUGGAAAAGAAAAACCAAGACCCUUUCGAGCAUCCUGCGCUUCUCAAUGCUCAAGCGCGGGGGCCAUCAAAUAGUCGAGGCUGAACGGUUCGCCAUUCAUGGGGAGAGCUUUGCAUCAGCGAAGAAGGAGACUGAGCGGUUGCUUCUGGAGAGUGGAGCAGAACCAGAGCGCACAACCGUCGAGAAAGCCAUCUUCCAUGACGAAACGGAUAGCUUACGGCUGAUCGUUGGUCAUCUAGGACCAUCGAAGCUCUUUAGACAUCUAAGAACUACUUCAUUCCAGCUGGGCCGACUGUGCAUAGAGUUGGGAGCCAUGAACUGCUUCACGUACCUCUUGACCCAGAACUUCAUCCGCACCACAGAAGGUGGCGAUGGUGGCAAACUUGUGCACUUCGCCGCCGACCGGGUCCCGGAAAAGAGAGAUUUCCUUUCCGCUCUGCUAAAACACGGUGCAGAUAUCAUGACUACGGACGCCAGAGGCCAUACAACUCUGCACUUGGCCAUGUUGCGGCGAGAUGUGGUGGCCGUAGACAUGCUUUCCCAGCACUGCUCCGAGGAACAGCUCGCCGACCUACUAAGCCGGCACCCCAGCACCGGCCGCUCGAUAUUUUCCGACCUCAUCCUGAUACAAUCACCUUACUUAGGGAUCCCCUUUGAGGGUCUGCAAUGGUUGGCGAAUCGUGGUGGUGUACACUAUUACGGGGCCUCCGCCGAAAGCUGGGACUGGCCUGUUUGGCACAAUAUCGUCGACCGUCCCAGGCCGACUACGAGAACCGCACAGUUGUCACAGGCGAAGCUGGUAGCGUUUCUACUGGGGUUGGAAACGUUCUCGGAAAGGAUGCAGACCGAAAUGUGUACGCCUUGUCAGGAGCUUAUACUCCACCACGCGGCCUGGAAUGGUCACGUUGACAUUGUGCGGUUACUCCUUCAGCAUAAUUUUGACGUAAACGCCGUAUCUGAGAAUCCAGGAUGGGCCAAACGGGAUCUAACACCGACGAUGACGGUAUUGGAAUUGGUAUGGACGAGGCUGAGGAGCGGCGACGUUCCUGCAGUGAUUCAGGCGGCCGGUCGCCUCGAAGUCAUCAAAUGGCACGAGUCUCUCAGCGAGGUUGUUGACCUACUUGUUGCAGCUGGAGCUCGUUCAAGUACGUUUUACUGGGAUCGAAGGUGGGCGGUCCAACUUGAAGUUCUGGAUCGACAGCCACUAGGGUCGACUAUUCUCUUCAACCGCGGAGAGGCCAUUAUCGGGAGCUGGCCAGAGCCACUACCAUCUGCUGCUCGGUUGGCGGGAGACGGACGACCCAAGGCAGCGAAGAAGUGGACUGAUCGUAAGUAUCAGUUGAUUCCGUACUUCGAUUCGAAGUCUCGGCAGCUCAAUCGUCGAAGCGAAGCGGGACAAGAGGAGGCCAGGGACGCCAGCGAUUGCGACUCUUCUACAGAGAGUGUAGAGGACGGUGAAAGAAAUUUACCCCUUUUGUUCUGGCCGAAGAAGCAGCCGCCACGGGAAACCACCAGAGCUCUGUUCCUAGGCGGCAAACGCACUCCCAAGAUGGCCGGCGAGUCGCGAGAGACACUUGAAGUAGCUUUGGCACAAAUGCCUCGCUGGGUUCGAACAGACUACGUCGAAGGCACAACAACACCGCUUCACAUCGCUGCCCUAAGGAACGAUACAGACACCCUCAAAAUUUUGUUGGAAUCCGAGAAUGUUCCAAUCGACAUUGAGGACGAGUUGGGAUUCACCGCCUUAUGCCUGGCGGCUUCCGAGGGCCACGAAGCGGCUGUUCGGCUCCUAUUCCAGAGCGGUGCCGCCCUGGUCAAACCUCUUCCGACUGAAGAUUCGAAAAAGGUUGAGCCACUACACUGUUGCGUCCUCUUGCCGUUCUCUAAACCUUCUAUGAUUGAGCUACUUCUCAAGCUGGGGGCAGAUCCCAACUCAAAAACCGCCGCUGUAAAGAAUAGCCGGAGCUUUACGGUUUUGACUGGCUGUCUCAUCGUGUCCGACAGGCCGGACAUCGUGCAGACGCUCAUCAACGGCGGUGCCAAUCUCGAUCCGUUCCAAGAGCCCGAGUGGAACGCUCUUGCAAGUGCCAUCACCUACAAUCGGCUUAAGAGCCUACGAGUUCUUUUGUCUGCUUCAACAACCCCGUGGAGAGGACCCUACGGCAUAAACCUAGUCCAGUUUGCCGCGCGUUAUGCGCAGCAUGGUGAUUCGGCAGUGAAGUUCUUGUUGGACUUCGUAGCCGAGCAUCCAGAGUCGCCGCAUUCUGCGGGACUCGAACUCGAUGCCGUGGACAACUUCAAAAUGAACGCCCUAUCUUACGCCGCACAUGCGGGCAACCUUGCCGCUGUCGAGCUGUUGCUGGCACGGGGCGCAAAUGUGAACGCAGUCUUGCGAAAAGGAUGGACUGCGCUGUUCUGGGCUGCUCGGCGUGGGAACCCGCAGAUCGUUAGGGCCUUGCUGACGAAGGGGGCUAAUGUCCAUGCCAUGGACGAAGAAGGGUCCCAGCCCCUGACUUCGGUGUUGAACAAGAAACGGACGAAGGAUAUGGACAAAGUUGCUCUGAUUCUGUUGGAACAUAAUGCCAGCUUCAACGGGGCCAUCACCGUCAAGCAGCUUCCCAAAGCGUUGAGCUGGGCCGCCAUGUCUGGACGACUAGACUGCAUCCGAAUGCUGCUUGACCGUGGGGCGAACGUCAACAGAUGUUCGAGCAACGCCGGGUGUGCGGUUCUGCUGUCUGCAUCAGAACACGGCCAGCUAGAUGCUGUAAGGCUGUUGCUCGAGCGGGGCGCGGACAUCCUUGCUGUGGACAAGAACGGACGUUCGGCGAUGUUCUUGGCGAUGGACUCUGGCCACCGGGACGUCGUGAACCUUCUCGCAACCCGUGGCGCUGAUCUGAACUCGCGAACCGAGAAUGGUGGCACCGCUCUUUUCUGGGCGGCGUCGAACGGCUUCCUGGAUACUGGGAAGCUGCUUGUUGAGAGGGGGCAAGAUGUAAACGCGGUCGACGGGGAGGGAGAGACUGCCCUAUUUGCCGCCGCAUUGAAAGGCCACGGGGGGGUUGUCAACUUCUUGCUUGACCGCGGGGCCGACGUCAACCACAGAAACAAGAACGCCUCCACCGUGAUCAUAAGAGUGGUCGAUUGCAUUGCCCAGAACACACGACUUCCUACCAAUCUUGGCCGAGAGGCUGGGGAGGUCGCCGCUUUGAGUCAAGCCCUACUUGAUACGCUGGGCAUAUUGGUCUCAAGAGGCGCUGAUAUGGCUGUGCUGAACGAAUUCCGGUAUUUCAAGAUUGAACAUGAGGGGAAGACGGAGAUUUCAAGGGAUCGGAUUGCAGAUGGAAAAUGUGUCUUUUCAACUUGGAGCUCAGAUGAAGAGAUAGAGGCUAUGGGGGUGGAAUGGGAUCCGUUGAAUGGAGUAGACGCGGCGUAG